AUGGCACUGCCAGCCUGCAGCCUGAGGACAGCUCUGCUGGUGCUGCUUUCUCUGGGGCUCACCCUGGUUCUGGGCCUGCUGCUCCCAGAGGCUAUCAAGCUGUUGUUCACAUGUUUGGGGUUCCCCUGUGAUAAUGCCUCACAUGCCAUUGUGUUGGUGUAUUUUAUGUUCAUUCUUUUUGUGGCCAUGCCAUCUUUACCAAGGGGCACUGUACCAACUGAAGGCAAGGUGGUGCUGAUCACAGGCUGUGACUCAGGUUUUGGAUUGGCCUUGGUGAAACAUUUACACAAGUUAGGGUUUACGGUAUUUGCAGGCUGUUUAUUAAAGGACACAGGUGGUGAAGGUGCUCAGGAGCUGGAAAGUUUUCAUUGUAAUCGCAUGAAAGUGCUUCAGCUGAAUGUAUGCAUUGAGGAAGAAGUUGCACAAGCUGUUGAGACUGUGAAGAAAAACCUGAAAGAGCCCGAUAAAGGUUUGUGGGGUCUGGUGAAUAAUGCUGGUAUCUCUACAUUUGGAGAAGUAGAAUUCACAAGCCUAGACACAUAUAAAAAAAUAGCAGACGUCAACUUGUGGGGAACAAUAAGAGUCACAAAAGCAUUCUUACCAUUAGUACGUCAAGGUAAAGGGCGAGUCGUAUGCAUGGCCAGUCUACUUGGAAGAAUGGGUAGUCCAUCUCGAUCCAGCUACUGUGUUUCCAAAUAUGGAGUAGAAGCCUUUUCAGACUGCCUAAGACAAGAGAUGUACAGGUGGGGGGUGAAAGUCAUUACCAUUGAGCCUGGAAACUUUGUGGCUGCUACUGGCAUAUUUACCAAAGAGGAAGUGGAAAGACGAGGACAAGAAAUGUGGGAGCAAGCUUCAGAAACUUUAUGUAACGAUUAUGGAAAAGUUCAUUUUUCUCAUCAGGUUGCCAGAAUGAAAGCCUUUGUCAGUUCUGGUGUGAAGGACAUGUCUCCUGUUAUUAAUGUAAUAACAGAUGCUCUGCGUUCUAAAUACCCAUACACACGAUACAAUCCAAUGGACACCUACCUCUGGAUAAAGCUUCAGAUUAUGUCUCACCUACCUGCUGCCAUUGCUGACCGCAUUUACAUGUAAUGAAGAGAGACUAUUAAAACUUACUGAAGCAAAAACUGUUCAGGUAUCAAGUGAAAUACAAGCUGGAACCUCUAUUCCUUUAGGUACUACUGGUAUGACAUUUGUCUUCUUAUCUUUUAUUGAGCAUUGAUCUAAGGGUAUAUAGAUACUCUAUCAGUUGAUUCAUAAUGUCCACCGGGAAGGUAAAUCAAGGAAAAGACUAACAUAACACUGAAUGUACAAAUCUUUUAUUGUAGAAUUGUAAUGAAUCAUUACUUGGUAAGCUGUGAAUGUACAUUAUAAAGCUAAAGCUGUCUAUGCAAAGUAUGAGACGAACGUGAAACAGCGAAAGGAGCAGCCAUUAGUGAAAACACAAAAAUAUCUCCUCUUUGACAUAGAGCUAUUCAGUUUAAACUAAGCUGUCUUUUCCAAGGGCUGAUGAUCAGGAACGAAUGUCCAUACAUGAACAGGCCAGCAGUCACCUGACAAAUAUUCGUUUGUUGGUGAUUGCAUCUUUUACACAACACUAAAAAUCCUCAUCUUUUGGCAGCACAUUGCCCUGUGCAAAAUGGGAUAUGCUACCGACAAUAAUGGAUCUGUAGGUACUUGACCAGUCA